AUGACUGCUGUAAACGUUUCCUUUCUUAUAACCUUUCUGAAUGCGAGCUAUGUUAGGGAAAGAGUCAAUCUAUACAAUGCUGAGGCCGCAACGGUGCAUACAAAACCAGUUGAAGGCUACUCCGGCUGCGUCUGCAGAGUCGGAGUCGCCUUGAAACACAAGGAGACAGAGGAGAUGGUGAGCAGGACGAGAGCGUUGAAAAUGUAA